UGUACGUCAAGCCACACCAGACAAUGGCGUCCGUUUUGUUGUUGAACAGCAAUUUUUACAACAUCGAUUUGUGUUGAUGACAGCUUUGCUCGUAAGUAUAAGCUUUUACUUUCGCGUGCUGAGUCACCUUCUUAUAUAUGUGUAGUAACAUAUUGAUUUUAUUAGGCUUAUUUUUGUUUUUCCUCCAGGGUCUGAGAUUGAGUCUGGUCACGACUGCCGCACACCCUCUCUUUCAUUACUUUUCUUACUGAGCACGCAGGCCAACGCUAUCCGGCCUCUUGUCAAGAAAAAAAAUGGAUCGCGCUUACGCUAUUGGUGUUACUCAGUCUAGGUUACGGGUCGCAAAGCAAUUACGUUGGAGGAAUAGUUCAUCUACUCUUGUUCAACCACCUCGUCUCCCUUGUGUUGGAACAGCAGUUGUUCCGAAUACAUUGUCUGUCCCCGUUGUAUGUUGGGAUAAGCAGAAGUAUGUGCAAGGAUUUUGUGCUGCCACAUCAAGUGCUAGACUUCGAGCAAGUAGUACUAGUCUUCCCGGAUCAAGUUCAAGGUCUAUUUCAUCAACCUCCAGGUCCAGUUACGGUUGUGGUAGACCAUGUAGGCUUAACGUUACAGGCGUCGGGCCAGCUGACACUGCGUCUAGGCAGAUUAAUCGUCCCCCUGAAGAAGGCAAUUUACCGACCUCACCAUGCAGACUGAGCCUGAGCGGUCAGAGUUUUAUUCAACGCCGAGGCGACGACAAAAGGAUAUUGUCAUUACGGGCUCAUGAUGCAGCCGCAAUAGGGCUGCGGACCCGCAGUCGUGUCCAUGAGCGCUAUUUUGCAACAUCCAACGGCGAGAAGGUCGACGCUAAAUCAAGCCCGCCACCAGAAGAGCGAGAAGAAGAGGGGACUACAAAAAAGUCAUCAGCGACAAAGGCCUCAUUUUCUUCAGCAGACGGCAAGAAAGAGGGAGAGAAUGCGGAAAAUGAAGAGGAAGACGAGCGAGCGAAAAAAGAGGAAGCGUUCGAGAAAGAAUUGCAGACGCUGAGCAACCAAAUCCUGCUAGCGGUUGGCUCUCUUUCAUUGGGUUUUAUGACACUGCGUUUCUUCGUGCCACGGUUUGGGCCAGGAGCACUCAUUGCAGCAGCGACUUUCGUGGGCAUCGUGGCGAGUGUGCUUCAAGGAGCGCUUCUGUGGCCAGCAUAUGUCCCACUUGGUCUACUCGCAGCAUACCAGUACGGGUAUUUUUCACCCAGUCUCAGUUUUUAGAAUAAGCUGACAUACUGGUCGGACUUUUGCAAUGCGAUGGUGAUUAUUUUAGUGAGGGAGACCACAUUGCUUUUAUUUUUAUUUACUUUUACUAACUAUUACUUACAAGAACAUCACCUUCUACUAAUCUACUAAUCCACACAAUCAAACGAUCAUUCUUGUUCUACACAUUGUACUACAGGUGGUUGCAGUUCGAGGCCUGGCGCCUGAAGAGUUUCGAACAGGCGGCGCUCGUUGAAGCAGGCCACACCUCUUCCAACGCAGACAACAGCAAUCCGGGCUCUGUUGACUUAACUCCGUAUGAGACAAACAAAGUCCGGUUAUCAGUCUUCCAAGCCGUAGUUGGAGAGCCUCUUCAGGGUGAUGAAAAUGCAGGCAAAGAUGAGCCUUCUAAGCCGCGUUUGGUGAUACGCGGCAGUCGUAAGAGUAUUUUUCAUGCCUGGGCUGUGGACUCCAUCGAACAUUUUGAUGCUGAAACAACGCAAAAUAGAACAAGCAACAUCUUUGCAGGCCGCCGUCGCUGAUGAUCAAAUUGAAAACCCGAAGAUGAUCAUGAUGGUGAUGGUGAUGCCUGGUGUGGAUAUAAAAGUGCAGGAUGACUCACAUUCAGAUCGAGGCACAGCGACGCGCAGUGCAUUACAUAUUGCAUUUCUAAGAU